AUGUCGCGAGAGCAACUCGACGACAUAUGGCGGCGUCGCGGCUUUCCAGAGUACCAGAUUGCCGGCAUGAUGCCAGAGGAGAGAAACCUGGCAAUCCUGCACGCCGACGAGCUGCGUGGGCACACAUGCUCACCUCCGCAACAGCAGGACCCACAGCCGACAGCACCACUGCCACCGCAGCUGUCGGAGCCACUAGUACCACCGCCAGCCCUUUCUGCCCAGCUUUCACGGCAGCCAAUCUCUCUCUCUGGCUUCACCCAGGCCCAGAGGGCUGCCCGAGUCCGGGAACAAAACCGGAAUGCCGCCGACAGGCACCGGACCCGGAGGAGACAGGCGGAGGCGAGAAGGGCCCAGGAGAUGCGCGAAACCCAACAGCGCGUCGACAGGUACCAGCGAGCAUACGAGAUGAUGCUUGCUGCUGUCAACAACUCCAUCAGCAGCGUUUCCUUGCAGCAGUUGACGGCGGAGCAGGCCAUGGAGCUCCUGCGACAUGAAGCUGCGGGGGUCGAGGCAAGCCUGCGGGUGGAUGGAGGAUAG